AUGUCGCAAAGGAUCUUCGAAAGAACUUCGAAUCUAGAACCUCUCAAGACACAAUCGAAAGCCCGAUCCUUGAUGUCAUUCGUCGAAGAUGGCUAUGUCUCUGUAGACUGGAUAGUGGCGUCUAAGCCAGAAGCCGUGGAAUCUUGGAUAGUGCAGAGGAUUCGAUCAUUGACUCAUUGGUUCCGUCUCCAGCAUUUGGUCUCUGAUGGCUAUGUUGAUCUUCUAGGAGAAGAGCAGCGAAACUCAUACCGGCUGCUUUUUGACUGGUGGACAGCAGCUUACGAUCGCCCCGCAACCUCUCUCCUCUACUGUUCUCAGCUAGAGUCUGUAAUUCAUCAAAAUCCACGCUUCAAACGCUAUGAAGAUGAAUACAAAGAGCUGUGGAUCUGCGUACAGAAGCAUUAUUCAGUGACACUUAGCCGCUUGCGGCCCAGAGAUACAGGUCUUGAUGGAUGGGGCAGAAACAAAGAUCCAAUUGUUCCUAUACAUUCCGAUUACAAUGAGGCCCUAUAUCAACUUUUCUUGAUCGAAUUUUCCGACUUUCAUAUCUGUAUUGAUGAAGACAAUGAAAAUCGAUCCGCAUUACGAAUCCAUAGGAUACAUGCGGCAAAGGAGGCCUAUUACCAGCAAGCCUCAGUGCAUUGCUCGAAAGUAAACCCCUGGGGUUCUGCUUUUCUGCGUGGCUCAUUUAUUCCCAUGCUUCCAAGCAAAAAUGUGGCCGGAUUUGCACACGAGUAUUCCUGGGUUUGUUCAGUCGAAGCGUCUGAUCCACACUUCCCCCAAACAAUUGACUGUGGCCCUCGUAUUGCAGCAUGCCCAUGGCUCAAUAACAAGAACGAAGAUCCAUUUGGCCUUGACGGAUGGCCCGAGUAUCUAUGGCAUGCAAAGGACAGACGCUUGGUCCGAACUCGGGACUUGGGGCUAAAGAGUCCUGCCUAUACUGCAAUCAGCCAUACAUGGGGCAGAUGGAUGAGUGAAAAUGAUGGAUGCUUCGUACCAAACGGUAUGAAGUAUCGUGUACCUCUGAAUACUAUGUUCGAUAUAAAAUCCCUACCGCAAAGCCUACAGCACCUUGGCACCAAGAUCGAUGCCGAUUACGGAUGCAAGGGUGAAAUGUUAGACAAAGAACAUAGCAGCCUAAAACAGCAGGAGAUAUCACGGCAAGGCUCCAUUUUCCGCAAUACCAGGCGCACCAUUGCCUGGUUCCAUGAUAUUGAUGAUUUUUCUUGCCUUGAAGGGCUCAUAGAAAUAGCCGCCUUGUCAAUGAUUGGGGUCAACAAAGGAUUGAGAGAAGCAACUAAACAUACACGAGAGUGGAGAAAGGCUCGAGCGCUUUCACACAUGGGGGAUGGGCCAACAGGACUCUUUUCACAGCCAAAGGAUACCCUGAAAGGGCCAGAGUUCAAGCUAUGGAGCAAGCAACAGACGGGACAUGCCAAAGAAAUGAGCCAACCAGUUAACUUCUGGUUCACGUCCCUGUGGACACUACAAGAACUAUGUCUCAGACCCGAUAUGUGGCUGGCGACAUCUGAAUGGAAGUUUCUUUGUUUGGAAGAACAUACUCUGUUACCUUUAAAUGGGGUUCUAUUAUCCGAAUUGCGCAGAUGGGAGGUGUUGACCGGCUUAGGCGAGCUCCUAAGCCUCCGAAGGGUUGAUAUCCUUCGGCUUGGGGACCAGCGGUAUUGCAAAGAAGCGAGAUCAGAGGCCAUAAUGUCAGUUGUUGGCGCCACACGGUGGUACGAUCGAGUCGUAGCCGGCCAGUACGACCCAGAGUCAGAUUUGAUUCUAAAUAAGUACUGCAAAGAGUUCAUCAACGAGGUAAAACGCUUGAUUCCGACCGAAUUCUACACAAGUUAUAUGAAACAUGUGUCCAUACAUGAAGACGGUCGGAUGAAGGCAAUAAAUCCUUUUACCAGUUUCGAUGGCGAAGGCACUGCACGCGACCAUUCGGCUUCAAGUUCGGCUUGCAUAUGCGGCUCUCUUAUGCCAUUUGGCAAGACGGGUCAACGUUACCGGAGGAGUCCAGCGCCCGGCCUAAGCAAUAUGCAAGCACACAACUCGGUUUCUUCAUGGAUAAUUGACACACUCGGCCGAGUUGUGAUAAAAAGAGCUUGUAUGCUAGCUUCAAGACGUCACGCAAUCUCCAUAACAAGAGAUCCUCUCAGCUGCAACAUUCCAAACACUCUAACAAAUACGAACAUCAAUAAUUUCGUCGGAAAACUGUCUAUUUCUAUCAAUCACAAACGUUCCAACUUCACGAACCUGCCUGAUCUAUAUAAAUGGGCUCGAACAGAAGAGUUUGGGGUAUAUCUUGUCGGUAUCUCAAGCCUUCUCGAAAUCGCGGAAUAUGCUCCUGGAUUUGGUGUACCGUCCUCUCAUGGGUUGAUCCGCGGUAUAGUGCUCCGCGAUGUGGAGCAAGAACGUGAAGAAACAAGGGGAUCCCGAAAGCUGGCUUCUAUAGGAACCUUUCAUGCAGUGCCACAGACAAAGACCGGUGACCGAUUCGAGCUUCCGGGAGAGUGCUCAGUUGAUUGGAUUGUAUUAUAA